UUUCCUGUCUAUAUCUUUCUUUUUCUCCUUUUUCUUAAAAGAAAAUGUACAACCUCCAUUCUUACACCUCUGCAAGGUUUCGCCAUUUUCCGACAAGAUUUUCACUUAGAAAAAAAGUGUCAUGGUGGAAUCAAAUCCUAGACCCAGGAAGCGACUUUGUCAACAAAUGGAACCACAUUUUUCUCGUCACUUGUAUGAUCGCCUUGUUUCUUGACCCUCUCUAUUUUUAUCUUCCAAUAAUAGGAGGUGAUGCUUGCAUGGACAUUGACAUUACCCUUGGCAUCUGGGUCACCUUCGCUCGAACCGUCACUGACUUGUUCUUUUUCAUGCACGUCGUUAUUAAGUUCAGGACUGCUUUUGUUGCACCUAGUUCUCGUGUUUUCGGUAGAGGCGAGCUUGUCAUGGACCCUAAAGCUAUUGCUGUUCGAUACUUGAAAUCUCAGUUUGCUGUUGAUCUUUUCGCUGCUCUCCCUCUCCCUCAGACUAUAAUUUGGUUUGUAAUUCCAGCAGUGAAAGCUCCAACAGCUAACCAUGCAAAUCAUACAGUGUCUCUAAUAGUACUCAUCCAAUACAUUCCUCGAUUUUUCGUUAUGCUUCCUCUGAAUCGCCGGAUAGUUAAAUCCACUGGAGUGGUUUCCAGGACCGCUUGGUCAGGGGCAGCAUAUAAUCUCCUUCUCUACGUACUUGCUAGCCAUAUUUUGGGAGCAUCAUGGUAUCUUGCGUCCAUUCAGAGACAGUACGAGUGCUGGGGAAGACAAUGUAAUCGUGAAAGAAACCAUACACAUUCUCCAUCUUGUAGCCAUGUGUUUCUGGAUUGUACUACCAAGGAUAACCCUGCACGCGAUGCUUGGUUUAGAAACACUCGUCUGCUUAUUAAUUGUGAUGCCAAAAAUGAUGAAAAUUUUCAGUUUGGAAUGUUCGCCGAUGCCUUUACUAAUCAUGUUGCUGAAUCACAUUUUAUUAACAAAUAUUUCUACUGUCUUUGGUGGGGUUUACGAAACUUAAGUUCCUAUGGACAAAACUUGAUGACAAGUACUUUUGAAGGUGAAUUACUAUUUAGCAUUGGUAUUUGCAUCAUGGGUCUAAUUCUGUUUGCACAUCUCAUUGGCAACAUGCAGACAUAUAUGCAAUCCACGACGGCUAGAUUAGAAGAAUGGAGGAUUCGACGAAAAGAUACAGAGGAGUGGAUGAGGCAUCGUCAAUUACCUCCAGAACUGCAAGAACGUGUUCGUCGUUUCGUUCAGUACAAAUGGCUGGCAACAAGAGGUGUGGAUGAAGAAUCUAUCCUGAAAGCUUUACCUUUAGACCUGCGACGACGAAUUCAAAGGCAUCUUUGUUUAGCUCUUGUUAGACGGGUCCCUUUCUUUGCACAAAUGGAUGAUCAAUUACUUGAUGCAAUAUGCGAACGUCUGGUUUCAUCAUUGAACACUAGAGACACAUACAUUGUGAGGGAAGGAGAUCCAGUGAAUGAGAUGCUUUUCAUCAUCAGAGGAAAUCUAGAGAGCUCUACAACAAAUGGUGGAAGGUCAGGUUUUUUCAACUCUAUUACGCUGAGAGCAGGUGAUUUCUGCGGCGAAGAAUUAUUGACAUGGGCAUUGAUGCCGACCUCUCGCUUAAACCUUCCUUCAUCAACUAGAACAGUGAAGGCACUGACUGAAGUAGAGGCCUUUGCUCUCAGAGCUGAAGACCUUAAGUUUGUUGCUAAACAGUUCAAGCGUUUACACAGCAAGAAGCUGCAACAUGCUUUCAGGUAUUAUUCCCAUCAAUGGAGAACUUGGGGAGCUUGCUAUAUACAAACAGCCUGGAGGCGGCAUACAAGGAGGAAACUGCAAAUGGAAUUGGCAAGGCAAGAGAGCCUAUUUGCUGAUCAGGUCCUGAAUGAUCAAGGUGAAUACAGUGGAGAUGGAUCGGUGGAGAAUGCUAACAGCGCACAACACCUUGGCGUUACAAUACUUGCCUCCAAAUUUGCAGCAAAUACAAGAAGAGGGAUGCUUACCCCGAAGCAUCAUGAUGUUUCCACCUUAAAAAUGCCCAAGUUCUUUAAACCAGAAGAGCCUGAUUUCUCUGAAGAACAUGAUGAUCUAUAGUUGAAUUGUAUAAAACAACACCAAUCUAUUCCUAAAACAGAGUACAUAUUCUGCACAUACUAAUGAGUAAAGAAAGAAUUUCUAGUAGGAAAUAUACUACCAUUUGCCAUUUUCUCUUUGUUAUAUAACCUUUUUUUUUUUUUUUUAUAAAUCUUUUGUUGUAUAAUUGGAUUAAUAUCAAAAUAGUUCUUAUAUAUAAAACUGGUUCUACAAUAAACAAAA